GGCCGCUGAGCGCGGCGGCCCCGCCGCCCCGAGGGUCCCGCGGCGGCCGGCGGAGCGUGAUGGGUCUUGCUGGAAAGAGCUUUCUGAAGGCACAACUGUGAGUGAAACCAACGCAAUAUGUUCAGUGUGGAGGACCUCCUGAUUUCUCAUGGAUACAAAUUGUCUAAAAAUCCCCCUGCUUCCUAUGAGAACAGAUAUGAUGGAUACCGGCAUGAAGCUGCAGGGAACAGAUCUGCUCAGAGGACGCUGAAUGGCUUUGAAGCAGACCCUAGAGCUGCUUACUGCAAGAAGCCUCUGACGAAAACCAACUCGAGCAGCACCGAAAGCAGUCAUGGGAGCCAAGGGAGACAAGCAGGUCCUGGUUACCACCAUGACCUUCAGGGUUUGUCCACUUUUCAUACUUCAGAAGGGGGGGUUUUUGACAGGCCUCAACUAGCAUGGUCUUCCCAGCCCAAGAGUGAUAAAGAUCUGGCUUACUGGAGAAGGAGAGGGCAGGACUUCAGCGUGCUGCUGGGCUACUCCCAGAAAGGAGGUGCAGAAAUGCAGGGUCUGGCCGCAGCCCACGGGGCACCCAGGCACCCCAAGGAUGCUCAGCUGAAAGUGGGGUUGAGCACAGAGUAUGUCAGGAGAAGUGGAUUGCCCGAGAGCUAUGAGGGGCCUGGGGACUGCAAAUGGCAGAACAUGAGAACAGAAAGCUGGAACCAGCCAAAAAAGGUAGGAAGGCAAAUGUCGGAUGGUGACAGAGAGAAACUGCUCCAAGAGCUGUAUUCGCUGACUCUGGGAGACGAUGUCUUAGGCUCCCACAACAAAGGGAAAUCACAGUCCUUGCCGAGAGUCCUUCUGCAGGAGAGCAUGAGGUGUGUGGAAAUGCCCUCCCUGACCAACAGCAACAACUCCCUCAGCGUAAGUAAAGCCCCCUCCUAUCCCUCACACAGACUGACUGUGGAAUCAGCCAAGCACCAUGAAACGGGAGGCCAUUUCCUUCCCCUGGUGAAGCCCAAGUAUGGGAGGCCUCUGAAGCCUCCAUCCUAUGAACUGCAGCGACAGAGCAGAACUGCUGAAACUGGUUUUCAGGACCACUACCAGAAGGAUGAACCCAUUUCCUAUUUAGCCAAAGCAAGUGAGCCGAGGCAAGAUGCUUGUGUUCAUGAUCCUGGUUUGGAGCCCCCGGUCUAUGUACCUCCUCCUUCCUACAAAUCCCCACCUCACCAUACCGUGAGCCCACAUCCCCUCAGUGAAGUGCCUAACAAUGCCACAUAUGCCAGCAGUGAUCAGCAGGACACUGCAGAGCGGGCUGUUGCCUGCCAACGACCAGCUGUGAACAGUGCUGAAAUGGGGGCCACACCUUGCAAAGACAGCCAUCUUCCUCCUGGGAAGCAAAGCCAUUCGAGGCGCCCCGCUGACUUCCUGCGUUCUGUUCAGUAUAUUCCCUUUGAUGAUCCUCGGAUACGGCAUAUUAAAAUUGCACCACCUGAAGGUCUGCAGGACAACAUUAAAUACAUUGAAAAUGCACAUAGUCCCAGUUCGAGUACUUUGCAAGAGAGAGAUCUUGAAGUACAGUACAACAGUGCCUUUUUGGAUGCAUCACACUUACCCGGUUCUGUAAAGGGAGAAAGAACUUCUGACAGCUCCACCCACAGCAGCAGAUGGUUGGCACCAUCCGUCCGAGAUCAGGAAAAUUGUGCCUUGCUGGACCAAAGAGACAGUUGUAGCACAGCUAAUCACAGCCCCUGUAAUGAAGCCAGCACAGAGUACACAAAAGGCAAACUUCUUGUAAGAAACUCACAUAUGGAUAGCACCUGUGAGACCGUUACAAAAGUGAAAAAGUUUGAACCUGGAACUGGGAUGCAGAGCAAAAAGAGUUCAAAGAAAAAAAUGAAUGAAACUAUAUUUUGUUUGGUCUCUAUCCCAGUUAAAUCAGAAUCAAAUCUGCCAGAUACAGAUAGGAACAACAACAUAACCCAGAGCCCUGAUAAGAAUGGGUUUGAUAACAAUGGGGCUUUGCAAGAACAAAGUCUCUUAAGUAUGUCUUCAACUGACUUGGAGUUACAAGCUCUUACAGGAAGCAUGACCAAUAAAAAUGAGUUACAAAAACAAGAGCUGUGGAGACCAGAAGAGUUCAAACAAAUGAAUGACCUCAGAUUUAUUCAGCCUGCAAAACACAGAGAGCUCAAAUACUCUGGCUCCUGGCCAGGUGAUCAGUACAAAGACCAGCAAACACAGACCAGUUUCUCUGAAGAACCUAAAAACCCACAGAUUUUCCAUGGUACAAAGCCUGGGCAACCCAGCAGUAACAAAUCGCUGUCUCCAAAGCAACUAGGAUGUACGACAUCCACAGCUGGGUUGAAACAGACAGGGUCACCUUCUGGCGACAGAGGCUGCAUACAGGGUGCUUAUGGCAUGAAGGGACAGAUGUACCUCAGCCAGUCCAGCAACAGCGCAUUUUCUAGAACUGCCACUUCUGUCCCACAGGCCUCCUCGCCAAAGGGCCACCAGAGCCAGACCCUGCCUGCCCAGGAGCGGGAAGCUGGUGUUCUUCCCAAGGCUAAUGUAGUUAAGGGAGGAGCAGGAGCUCCUUGCAACAGUAAAGAGCUGUUUGGGCAGUUCCUUUUGAAGCCUGUCAGUCGCCGACCCUGGGAUGCAAUAAGUGAGCUAGAAAGUUUUAACAAGGAGCUGCAAGGGCAGGAAGAGAGCAUGAGCAGUGAGGAAGACUUGGAAAGUGCAGGAGCUUCUCCGCAGCCACGUGCCCUUCCACAGAGAAGGUCACCUAGAAAUGGGAACCAAGAACCAAAACGUUGUGGGAAGUUGGAGACAGUUGUGCCAGAGGUGCCUGUAUUCAAGUCAGGGAGAGUUAAAAGUAAGUCUGAAAGUUGGAGCACAGGGACAGAGCAUGGCGCUGAGAUGGGCUGCGUUGGCUCUCAGUGCUCUUCGCAGCCAGGAGGGAGCAAUGAAGGAGUCAGACCAGCAGAUGGAAGUCUGAUAACAGAAAUGAGGACAGGGGAAGCCAAGAAUAGAGCAAAAAGCCAGCCAGUUCGCACAGGACCUAUCAAGAGAUUCUUGUCCAGUAGCCCAAGCAGCUCCUACCAUGGUAAUCCUUUCAAUAAUCCUGUCUUACAGGAGAUGAGUGAAGACCAAAAUUAUCUAGACUUUGUUAAACUGAGCAAAGGUGCAGCUCCCCAGAACGAUACACAAUUUGAGAGAGGCUCAGUAGUACGCUUGUCCUUAACUAAGAGGAGCCAAGGGUGCUCUGAGCCAGAUUUGAGGGCAGUGGGACUUGAUACAGCCUCAGGCCCUGGUGCUAGCAAUUCUGAUUACUCUUCAAAUGAAAAUUCUGUGGAAAUCCCUGUGAAUGAGUCCUUGCAGGCAAGAGCUGCAAGAAUUUUAGGCAUAGAAAUAGCAGUGGAAUCUCUCCUUCCGGAUGACCACAUUGGGCCUCAGCCAGGCACAAGGCCUGCAAGCAAUGCCCAUGACUUUGGGUCAUCAGCAGAGAGCACUGUAAGUGGCAAAGAAGGAAAAAAAGACAGUUCUUAUGAAAGCAGACGUAAGUGUGGCUGGACGGAGAGUGCUCUCUUUGUUGGAGAGAGAGACCAAUCAUUAUACCCUGAUGAAUGCCAGACCACUCACCAGGAAGGCAGCACUGAAAUGUUGGUGAAGGAGCAAGCGUUUGAACAACCUGUGAGACCCAGCCAAAGUGAAGAGCAAAACUUGGUGUCCAAACCGACUGUGUGUCAGCACUCAGAAAAGAGAGUGAGGAGCACCUCAAAAGUGAUAGAGACACUACAAGGCAAGCUCACAUCUCCACCAAGCCGGACUGCCAUGGAUCGCUUAGUGCGAAUGAAAGAAGUUGACUCUGUGUCCCGGAUGAGACGUCUGAGCAUUAAAAGUGCAGACUCAGGAGAGGAGGUGGACGAGGAGAAGCUGUCGAAGGUACAUGAGGAGAGGGGAAGCAAACUGGCAACUUCAGGGACUGUCUCCAAGCGUGUUGUCUCUCUCAGUGAAAAUGGAUAUUUCGGUGGAAUGGACAAGAAGAAAAUCAACAGAGAUUUUUCCUUAGACACAUAUGACCCCACCAAAGUUGAAAAGGUGUGAGAUGAACAGAGAAGAGAAUAAAGAUGCCUGCUCUACUAAGAAUGUUUCACUGAUUUUUUUUUGCUGGGUGCUUUUUGUUUGUUUUUGUUCUUUGAUGCUUGGAAAUUGCCUCCAUUUGUGGUGUUCAUGGUGUACUGAUAAUGCCUUUACCACUGCCAAUAGGAAUUAGCUAUUCGUAUCUGAGACUGUUGCGGAGACCGCAGAAAAAUCUGACUUCUACAUUGGAACCAUCUGGCUUUGUAGCAUUAAGACUUAAUGCCUACAGUUGGCAAAGAGUUUUUAUCUGAACAGUAUUUCAGUCUUCAGCUGGGAUGAUGAAAUGCAUGAAGUGAGGCUUUUGAGCUUUCUCUUUGGUGUAGAUGUAAACGUGGGAGAUUAGUGAAAUGAUUUUUAAAAGAAUGUGAAUUUAUAAGCUAAACUUCUAAGUCUCUACAGUCUAAACAUUGUUUAACUUAAGGGAUUUUUGGCCAUAAGCAGAAAGUGCUGCUGCACUAAGUGGGGGAAGGAAUGCGAGACAAUGGUAGCAAAGACUGAUUGUGAAAUUAUUUCUGACUUCCAGAGUCUGAAUUUACUUGGAUUAAAUACUUGCCACCUAGAGAGAAGAAAAGCAAAAAUCCCAAAGCUUCUAAAAAAUGAAGACUUUUGUAAUACAUUGUACAGAACGUGUAAUUAUAGUAGCUGGCAACUAGUGUUCCUGACCAAUGCAAAGUAUACCACUGGCUGUUUUGCACUCAGUAUUACCUAUUUUUGUUUCGCUGUUUAGAAAUUCUUUAUAUGAAAGAAUAGUAGCUGGUUUAAAAUAGCCCAUUUUAACAAAAUAACUAUAUUUCUUGUUACAGAAUACUAUCUAUUUUUCUACGAUGUAAACAAUUGCUAACAAGUGGCAAGUAUAAAGAAGUAUUAUUAUUAUUAUUAUAUUUUAAGAAGACUUAUCCCUCUGAGUGAAGGUGACCCAAGAAGAUUUCACUUGUAUAUCUUAAUGCACACUCCAUAUUGCCCCAUAUUCAGUAGCACUCCCUUAUUUUCUGAGAAGAGCCAUCUGUGUACAUAUGUAUGUACAACAGGGUUAUUUCUAUUUUUCGGCACUGAAGCCUUGGAUCGUUCUUCUUGGAGCAGCUUUCCAGCUUUCUGAAACACAGCUGAGAACCGUCUGGGCUGGUGUUGCUGCCGUAACAUUCCAGUGACUGUGCUUACCAAAAAAGUGAGUUUGGAUUUCUGUCCCAGUAUCUUUGAGCGGCUUGGAUGAAAUACCUGUUUCUUUCUUUCACUUAACUUCCUUUUACACAUUGUGAUUUUGGAUUAGGCCAGUGUAAUAAAAGAAAUAAACCUGGGUUAGCUUCUUCCCUGCGGCUAACUGAUGGUGCUGGGGAGGAGUUCAGAUGUCUUCUUCGAGGCAUUUGAAUACAUGUCUUUAAGUGUAUGUUAUCUGCACUCACAAAUGCAUGAACUGCAAAGUAUAUAAUAAAGCCUAUGCAUUCUGCUCUUUGAUACUGAAUUAGCCUGCGUAGAAUCUGUGAUUUUAAAGCCUUUAUGUUCAUUUCUGUGCAUUGUUGUUUCCUUUUUUUUUCUUUUUUGUAAGUACCUGUUUGCUAACAUUCUUCAGAUAACUUGUUCAUGUACAUCACUGGUCUAUUUUACCUUUUUUUUUUUUUUGUUGUCGUUGUUUUGUAGCAUAAUUUUAUUUUCUAAAAUCUAAUGUCUUUAAAUAUUUUUUCCUAAGAAGUCUGUAAUCUGGAAAGAACGACAGGGAGAAACACUCAUCCUGUGUUUUGACAGAAUGAAUUUCUUGUCUGUAACACACAAUUCUGUUAAAUAUGGACUAUUUAAAGCUUGUUUGAAAAAAAAAUGUGGUGUAUAAUUUAUUUCAUUAACUCUUGAGCGUGCUGCCUAGCAAUACUCACUGACAAACUUUUUCUACCAUUCUUACUGUAUUCACCUUUCUUUUAAAAUAAUCACCAGUACUCAUCUAGGAUGUCUGGGAGCCAUUACAUGGUUACAAAACUUCUUUCAACCCACUCUGUCCACAAAGAGCUACUUCCAAAAAAAGAACUGCUUCGACUCUCAUCAUCCCCCCUAAUGGCAGAGUUGAGGGGCCUGGCAAUAACUUGAAGAUUUUAAUUUACCCUUGGUUUCUGGAGAACUGUAAGUUGUCACAUCACUGCUCCUGCUACCUUCAGCUGUUCAUGGUUGUGUGGAAAAACAGGUUUUUGUGCAUUUUUUUCCUUCAGAUGGGAAAGGAUUGAUCGAUUCUGCAACACAUCUGUUUCAUCGCUCACGUCAAGUAAUUACUUUUCCAACACAUGUAAGCAUCCAUGAUGUUAAAAAAAGAAAACAAAAAUCAGAAAAGAUAGGAAGAAGCAAUAUUGCAAAAUUGCUUUUAGUGGGCAAGACUAUGAGAAAUAAAAACGUAGGAAGUUAGUAAGCUUUAUUUUGCAGAAAUAUGACUGACCGAUGGUUGAAAGACUGCAGUUAGUUCUGCCUUAAAAAUGGUGUUUUAGUCUAAGUGCCCUGGCUAUUUCAUACUAUUAUGCAUACCAGUAAGAAGAACACGGAGUACAGCUUUAUGAAUUAUUGUGGCUUAGUGUUUUUACAGUACUUGUGCCAUAAUUAAAAUACCAGCUAUUUGAAUGUGCUGGGAAAUACCAUAAAUUAACAUUUUUCCACCACUUGCAAAUAGUCAGCAGAAAGCUCCUUCUACACCAGAUGUAGUUAAAAAGUAGAAAAUGAUUACUUUCAGUGCUCAGUAGGAGCAUAAACUGUCAUGGCAACAGCUAUCAGUGGUAAUGGCAGCUGCAGGAGCUCAGGGCUGAGUGGAUGCAGAAGAGGUUGCGGGGCCUGUUCAUAGUGCCUCCUGCAAUGCAGCGGUGUGACUGCAGGACUCUGUAUUUACAUUUAUUCUCAGGAGGAAGAGCAGAGCCGGUUCCUCAAAAAGCACGUUGUUGGAUAUGUAUGCAGCUUGUCUCGCUGUCCUACUACUGCAUCUGAGGAUGCUGGGGUUGGAUGGUAGGCUGUCAGAGUGGUUGGUUGGGAUGAUACUGGUUUCACAAGUGUUCCUAGAAACAGGCAAAAAAAAAUCCCCACAAAUAAACCCAACAAACCAGAGUCUGGGCUUACAUAUUUUAAAAACAUUUAAUGGGGAAACUCCCCUGGAGAUGGAUAGCUAAACAACCAUCUCUUUCCAUUUACUCUGCUGAAAUCCACAAUGGAUGGUCAACUUUCAGGGUUAGCAACAGUAGCAGCACUUAGUGGCAGUGCUGAGGUACCAGCUCCUGUGCCAGGAAGAUACACAGCAUAUCCAAAGGUUGAGGCUCUUCUGGCUGAGAAAGACGAGUCACCAGUGAGCUCUGAGUGCUACGCCAGCUUUGCUCACCUAUGCUGAGCGAGAAAAUCAUGUCACUGGCUUUACAGCGAGGAGGUGAGAAGUGAAAAUGUGCUCGGGGACUCACUCCCUGAGGGGAAUGGCAUUUUUUGAAGGUUGAAGUGCUCCCUCGUGUGGUUCCCCUGAGCACGAAUUAGAGCUCUGAAGGAAGAAUCAGUACUCUGAGCCACUCCAGUCCUUGCUAGAGGCAUCCUGAACUGGGCAGAAGUGUGUUCUGAAGUGUGUAUUUCAAAUCCCACUGCCAUCGCAGCUAAGUGGGGUGGGAUAAGUCAUGCAAAGAAGAGAAAUCCCUUUGCAUGAAUCAAAAUCAUUGAUAACUGAAAGGCCGGAAUAAGCCUAAUUUGCCAGCUAACAAAAACAGCAACAACAAAAAACGACAAAAAAGCUUUCCUUAAGCAUAAGAUAGACUGUUGUAUUUCAUACCACAGCUCCCACAGCAAACAACUGCAUACUGUUUUGAAGCCAUUGUUUCCUUCACUCAGCUCCUGAUGGAACAUAUAAAAAUGAAAGGGUAUUG